AUGAAGUUCAGCCUGCUCCUCGCCCUUGGCCUGGUGGGCAUUGACAGCUUAGGAAAGACCUCAGUCUAUUUCAGCCAAGAGUCUUCCCAGGAACUGGCUGAAACCCGGCCUGCCCUGUGCCAGUUACACCGAGUCUCGGGCCCCUGCCAAGCCUCCUUCAACCGCUACUUCUACAACCCCAGAACCAGUAGAUGUGAGCCCUUUGUCUAUGGCGGCUGUCAGGGCAAUGCCAACAAUUUUCAGUCUGAAGAGACCUGUCAGAGGGUCUGCAAAGCCCUGUGGGAAGGCAGCAAUGUAACCUUCACAGGGGAUGACAGGGUGGACAGAGAUGAUGAAGGCGAGGGUGGCAGUGAUCAGGGCGGGAAGUGA